AUUCUUCCUUAACUUUGGACUUUCUCAAUUAUUAUUAUUUAACAUUUUUUACUUAAUUAUUAUUUAUGUUUAAUUAUUAUAUUAAAAUUUUAAUGAUUAAAAUACGAUAUAUAAAAAUUGUAAAAAUGUGUAAGUGAAAUGUUUAGUGUAAGGAAUGUUAUAAAUUGGAAUUAUUUGAAAACUUCUAAAUUAUACAUAUCAAAUGUGAAGGUGUUUAGAAUUAAGGGUUUACCCUUUGAGAAGGUUAAGGCUCCAAAGACUGAGUGGUACAAACGCGCUGAAUCUGAGUUCCUCUCCGAAAGAGCUCAGAUUCCAACUGGUUACGUUGGCAGGUGGAACGAAUUAGACUUGGCAAAUCUUGACGAAAGGGUUAGGAAAAUCCUGAGUUUAAGAUGUGCCAGUGGCAGGGAAAUUAGAAGGGCAAGGACAUUCAUGAUUAUGAAACAUUUACAAAAGGAACCAUUUGAUACUGGAUCGCUAAGUGUACAAUGUACUGCCUUGCUGUCAGAUCCUUCUGCUUCCUACACUAUAGGAUGUGUGAGUGAGAAGAUUUUAAAUUUGAGGAGUCAUUUGAUACGGCACCCUCGGGACAAUAGUAGAAAAAGGGCAAUGUCAAUCCUCCUUAGCCGAAGACAUAAACUCAUGAAAAAGUUAUAUCAACAAGAUUUCAAGCUUUAUCAACACACCUGUGAAUUCCUCAAACUCAAAUGUGUGUUAUUCUCAACUCCAGAUUCAAGAAAUCGCUCCAAAGCUGUAAGUCUGAUUGGUGUGGAUGGAGAUAGAUGCAAGUUCUUAAUCCGACAGAAGCUUUGGUGGGGAAGAUUUAGACCCAGACCUAUUAAACUACCAUCUGGGAAAAAAAUCGCAUAUACGAGACAUCCAAUUACACAAACGCCAACCGAUCAUAAUUUGCCAAAAAGUAGUUCCGACGUGAUAAGUGCGAAAUGGCCUUAUGGAGUGGAUAAGAAAAGAGUAGUUGGGAAAUAUGUAAUACAUAAUCCAACAGCUUGUGGCACAGGUUAUAUUCCUGUCCCAAUUCUUUAUUAA